GCGGAUGUUGAAGUUCAUAUUGCUGGGACAAGUGUACCCGCACAUCGCCUGGUGCUUUGCCUGCAAAGCAAGUAUUUCUCCGAUGCAUUGACGGGUGACUUCAAAGAGGGAUGCGUUAACAAACUCACGUGCGAGAAUGGCAAAGAGCACUCAUAUCUUCGCAUGUUGCAGUAUCUCUACACUGGUGAUUACGCUUACGAGCCUUCUGUCCUAAUCUCGAAAGAAGAUGACUCCGAACUUCUCAAGCAUCCUCGCGUGUACUUUUUGGCCGACUCUCUGUUCCUGGAAAAGCUCAAAAAUGCAGCUUUGAAGAAAUUCGAGGCCGUCCUAGAACAGCUAUGGGUAAGCGAAAGCUUGGUGGAAUGCAUUGUAGAAGUGUUCAGCAAUACUCUCUCGGGCGAUGCAAUGAGAGCGGCAUUAGUGCGGAGUAUAAUUGUGCAUCGCAAGGAGCUGCUCAGCAAGUCAGCCUUCGAGCAAUUGAUCUCAGACGGUGGAGAUUUUGCUGUGGAAAUGACGAGAGCACUCGUU